UUUCUCAUAACUCUCCGAUUGGAGGGCUAAAUGUAGAGAAAAUACAUUGGAUGGGCCUUAGUGACAUACACCUGAAAAAUGAUUGACCCGUAUGGGAUGCUAAAGGUUUUAGGGUGUCCUCUCCUCCUUAGUAUGAUCUUUACUACUAUGUUUUUUAUAUUAAUUUUUAACAUCUGUCCGCGGACAACGGAUGAAAAAAAGCAGCUGGGUUAAUUUAAUGUACAAUGUCCCAGAGAAAUCUCACUGAUUUGUUUUCUCUGUUGCUUAAAAGAAUGUUGAUCCCCUGGAAUAGGCUCCACCCCUUCAGUCCUGACAGGGAAAAGAUGAAAGGAGAAAAAAGAUGACGGGACGUAGUGAAUUGUUGAUUUUCAAAUCAUUGGGUUACAAUGAUUUGUACAUAAGUCAGCACAGAGAUGGAUCCAGAGUGGCCGUUUAAACCUGACCCCCGGAGGCGCUUCACGGUCCCAUUUGGGAGGUGCGGCUCUGAAACACCUGUAAGCGCGUGACAGGAGCCGCAGUGAGCUCCUGCCUCUGAACUGUCAUGUAGCCUCGGAAUGGAACAUGACGCGCCGCGCUUCAUCCGCCUCUGAUGAAGGAGGGACGCGCCAACAGGAGGAGACAGGUGGAGGCUGCGCGUUUGGUGGUGAUAGUAAAGGUCUGUCAAAGCCAGACCUCCUGAAUUCCAAUGGAUCCACCCCCCCACCUCCCUUCCAGCCUCCUCCUAUAGCCCCCCGCCCUCCCCGCGCCGAGCAGCUGCACCUCUCCUGCCUUCCUGACGCUGCGCGAAGCCUUCCAUACAGAUGAGCGCUGGAAGCGACGCACCUCCUGACGUAGCCGCAGACCGGCUGCGGUGCCGCUUCGGUCUCCGUGGAUCGGAUUGCGCAACGUGACUGAUGCUCGCGCGCCUUGGCGGCUGACACCUUUCAUUUUUCUUUCCUUUCUUUUCAUUUUUUUAUCAUUUCUGCCCACCGAACGCGGCAGAAGAGGCGUCGAGCCGGACCGGGACCCCUCCCUCCCUGCCUCCCCCUCGUCGCCGGGACAGAUGAGCGGCGCGCCGCGGCGGGAUGCGGUCGUGAUGUGACUGUGAGAGCGCCGCUGAUCGGCUCCAGAGGUGGAGGACGGGAAUAAAAAGAAGAGGGGAAAAAAGGCGGUGAUGCGGAUCGGAGGAACGGAGCUGGCGCGUCGCCCCUCCGCUCGGAGCCUCGGGGGUCUGCUGUGAACUCGGCGGGACCGGGAGCAGCGGGGAGCUCCGCGGUGAAGGCCGGCCUCUGCAGCCGGCUUUGCCAGCUCGCGUUCCCCCGCGGCGCCUGCGUGCCGCCAGCGCACCCUCCACCAAAAAAAGGAAAAAUAAAUAAUAAUUAAAAAAAAAUCCUCACCGCCUGUUGUAUUUAAAGCGCCCUGAACAGAUGGACUGAAUCCAUCGAUGCUGGAGAGCCGCACCGCCCCGGAAAGGACUUCCUGUGCGUAAUAGCUGGAUAUGUAAAGAUUAACAGGAUGGAUCUAAUUUUCGCCGUUUUGGGGCUGCUGGCGCUGCUCGUGGACAGCAUCCGCUGCCAGGGAGUGUACGCGCCUCCAACUGUGCGCAUCAUCCACUCGGGGAACGCCUGUAAUGUGGAGGAGGAGAGGCACACAGAGAGAGUUUACACCAUCAGGGAAGGAGAGACCUUGGAGCUCACCUGUCUAGUGACGGGCCACCCUCGACCACAGAUCCGGUGGACAAAAACAGCAGGCAGCGUAUCGGACCGCUUCCAGGACUCCAGCGUGUUCAAUGAGACACUGCACAUCCAAAAAAUCCAGAGGACCCAAGGGGGGCGCUACUAUUGCAAGGCGGAGAACGGCCUCGGUUCUCCAGCCAUCAAGUCUAUCCGGGUGGACGUCUACUAUCUGGACGACCCGGUGGUGACGGUGCAUCAGAGCAUCGGAGAGGCCAAGGAGCAGUUCUACUACGAGAGGACCGUGUUCCUGCGAUGCGUGGCCAACUCCAACCCGCCCGUCCGCUACAGCUGGCACCGCGGACGCGAGGUCCUGACCCAGGGCUCGGAUAAAGGCGUGGAAAUCUACGAGCCGUUUUUCACACAGGGGGAAACGAAGAUCCUGAAGCUGAAGAACCUGCGUCCCCAGGACUAUGCCAACUACAGCUGCAUCGCGUCUGUCAGGAACGUGUGCGGGAUCCCCGACCGCAGCGUUGUCUUCAGACUCACCAACAAAACAGCAUCGCCGUCCAUCAAGCUGCUGGUGGAAGACCCCAUAGUGGUGAAUCCGGGCCAAACGGUCUCCUUGGUGUGCAUCAACACGGGAGGCGAGCCGCCGCCCAUCCUCACCUGGGUGAGCGCCAACGACAGCCUACCCCAGAGGAGCGUGGUGAACGGCGGCACCCUCACGCUGCCCUCAAUCACCUCCGACGAGGCCGGCAUCUACAGCUGCGUGGCCAGCAACAACGUGGGGAACCCGGCCAAGAAGUCGACCACGAUCGUAGUGAGAGCUCUGAACAGAGGUCGGUUUUGGAUCACUCCGGAUCCGUACCACAACGACGACAACAUCCAGAUUGGUCGUGAGGUCAAGAUAUCGUGUCAGGUGGAGGCGACGCCACCCGAGGAGCUGACGUUCAGCUGGUUGAAGAACGGCCGCGCCCUGCGGAGCUCCGAGCGAAUGGUCAUCACCCAGACGGACCCCGAUAUCUCUCCUGGAACCACCAACCUGGACAUCAUUGACCUCAAGUUCACAGACUUUGGCACGUACACGUGCGUGGCGGCGCUGAAGGGGGGCGGCAUUCCCGAUUUUAGCAUUGACGUCAACAUCUCCUCCACAACAGUUCCGCCAAACUUGACGGUCCCCCGGGGCAAGUCCCCCCUGGUGGCCCGCGAGGGUGACACUGUGGAGCUGGAGUGCCUUGUUUCAGGGAAGCCCAAGCCCAUCAUCCUGUGGUCCCGAGCGGACAAGGAGGCGCCCAUGCCGGACGGCAGCAUGCAGAUGGAGAGCUUGGACGGCGUGCUGCGGAUCGUGAAUGUGUCCAGGGACAUGACGGGCUCGUACCGCUGCCAGACCAGCCAGUAUAACGGCUUCAACGUGAAACCUCGGGAGGCCAUGGUGGAGCUGAUCGUUCAGUACCCUCCAACGGUGGAACCAGUUUUCAUGGAGAUGCGACAGGGCCUGGGCCGGCCGGUUGUGAUGACCUGCAGGGUUCUGCGAGCUCACCCGUCCCGAGUGCUGCGCUUCGAAUGGCUCCUGUCGAACCGGCUGCUGCAUGCGGGGGCCUUUGAUGCCCAAAAAGACGAGACGGAGUACACCAUUCGCAGCCUGAACAAAGAGGGCUGGGGCGAGUACACCUGUAACAUAAUCAAUGAGGCUGGAGCAGGAAAAUGCACCUUCCAGGUGACAGGCAAAGCCUACCCUCCAGAGUUCUACUAUGACACCUACAGUCCGCUGUGGCAGAACCGACCCCGAGUCUAUGGCUUCAAGCUACAGUGGACCCAGAUGAACCCCAGUGCCGUGGAUCGCAUCAUUGCCUACAGACUGGGCAUAAGACAGAUGGGGCAGCAGCGCUGGUGGGAAACCGAGAUCCCAGUCAACGCAACCCCCAACAAAGGAGAGCUGAUGACUCACAACCUGACCGAGCUCAUCAAACCCGAAUCCUACGAGGUCCGCCUCACGCCCAUCACGCGCUUCGGAGAGGGUGACUCAGCCAUACGGAUCAUCACCUACAGCCCUCCCAUCAACCCUCACCUGAGGGAGUUCCACUGCAGCUUCGAGGAGGAGGCCAUCUGCAUGUUCACCCAGGACAAGAACGACGACUUCGACUGGACGCAACACAGCGCCGCCACGCGCGACACCAAGUACACGCCCAACACCGGCCCCAGCGCCGACCGCACCGGCUCCAAGCAGGGUUUCUACAUGUACAUCGAGACGUCGCGGCCGCGUAAGGAGGGGGACCAGGCGCGCCUCAUCAGUCCUUUCUUCAAUGUAGCACCUAAAAACCCUUACGGCAUCACCAACCCGCCUGCCUACUGCUUCAGCUUCUUCUACCACAUGUAUGGAAAACACAUAGGAACACUGAAUGCAUUCCUCAAGCAGAAGGGGCUAACAACCUCUGAAGCUCCUGUGUGGUCCCUGAGUGGUAACCAAGGCGACCGGUGGAGGCAGGCCAAAGUGAGCAUCCAUCCAACGUCAUCUUUCCAGGUCAUUCUUGAAGGUAUCCGGGGUCCAGGAAUCGAGGGAGACAUAGCCAUAGAUGACGUCACCCUGGAGGAAGGAGGGUGUCGAGACCCUCCACCCAACAUCAGUGCCAAGGCGCCGUCCCUCUCCGCCCAUAUAUGGCUGCUGUGCGUCGCCCUGGCGCUGAGCCUCCUCCCGGCUCAGAGGUGACGCGGCUCCUGGCCAUCUCAGAGGCGAAUGUUCGGACCCGCUGUCUGUGAGCUCCACCCUCGGCAUCCAAUCACCAAAGAUUCAUGCAUCCCGAAAGCAGCAGGGGUCCCUGACGGACCGCGGACCACGGCGACGAGACGGAGGGACUUUCUAAAGAACAAAGGAAAAGUAAUAAACAAGAUAAUUGACUUUUUUUUCUCUCUUCUGGAGAGUCGAGGCCUCUCCCUGCAGGACUUGGGAUGUGUUAAGGAGCACAAAGAUCAGGGGCUGAGAAGGAGCCCGGACCUCUGGAGGAGUUUGUAAAGCACAAGAAUCACCUGUGAAGCUGUGGAAACAGAUGGCGGUGGACCACAGUCAAAUUUUAGGAAUAAAGUUCCCCUCCUGAGUCUGUCUUUUUUCAUUUCCUCGCACCUCAUCGGUUUCCCCCUUCAGCUCAGCCUCACGUCUCACGUCGGCAUUACUUUGUCUGCUUGGUGCUGUUCUGUAGAUAACCACGGACUCUGGCAGCGUUUAGUUCCCUCUGCUUACCCCCUGUAGCUGCCUACCUUUGAACACUGUGCUCACGAGUCCACGUGGCCAGAGACGGCACGGCGGCAGAAGGAGGAAAGGAUUGGGAGGCGGAGCACGGGAAGGUCUUCUUAGCAAAUUAGUGGAGCCUGACUCAAACAUCGGGUCACCGUUCUGCCUGUGGAGCAGAAGCCACUUUACUUUCUGCCAUGAAACAAAGUGCCUUCAAAGAGAACCGUGAGCCGGGCUGUGGACCAACAUCCAACACAUCGCUUUUCAUGUUUCCUCCGAUGGGCUAUUUUCUACCUUUUUUUUUUUUUUUCAUUUUUUCCUCCCCACAAGUGCUGAUGGGAAGGCGAUCUAUCAGAAGGAGGUGCUGCUGGACCCUGAGCACAGGUCGGGAAGCAUUAACAAAAAAAAGAAUUUAAAAAAAAGAAAAACUCAAGGCGGGUGAUCUUUUGCUUUCACUAAAGAGGAGUUAAACUUCACAAACUUCUCCUCUCAUCUCCGGCGUUUCCAAACGUCCCGCCGCCGAGGAACUCCUCUUCUGGGUGGAGCUCCUCACCAAAACCCUCCACCAUUUAUAUGGAACAAUGUGACUGACAAAAAAAGAAAAAAGAAAAGCUCAUAACAAUAGUCCUAAUAUUUUAUUACUCUAGCGAGAAUGUUUCUCUGCUUUUACACGAACUGUAAAGACUGACGGAUCUAGAGACGUUAACCGGCGCGGUUUUUAAAAAAAAUGUAUUGUACAAAAGAGAUCAAAAGAAUAUGAAUAAUUCUGUUCAUUGUUGGUUUUUGACAAUGUUUUAGGACUUGUGUCUUUUUUUUUCUUAUUUGUUUUUAUUUUUUCAAAGAUGACUUCUUUUCUCUUCUCGUCGUCUCCCUCUGCAUCGCUGAAAUAUCAAAGCCGAUGGAAGCAUAAGAAGUAAACCAGUUUGGUAAAUGUAUAACUUGUAAAUGUUAAAGACGCUCUGUUUAAAGGUUUAUGAUAAAUGUUUUAUGUUCGGAGUCCAGGAAGCACAACAUACAAUUUAAGGUCUCGAAGUAUACAGAUCCUAUUUUUUUUUUUUUUUCGAUAAAUAUAUAUUUCUCUGCACAUGUGCGUCCUGCUCCUACAGAUUCAGACUUUCCGGCUUCAUGACGAAGCGCUGAUCAUCCACGUCGGAAGUCCUCCUGUCGGGCCCGGCUCAGCAUUGUAGCUUCUUCACUUAAAGCCUGGAUUAGUCUGAGGGGGUUGUAUUCAUGUGGGGACAUAAAACUGUGUACAAUAUGUGUGGUCAGAAAAUGUAAAGAUAAAAAAAACAAACAGAGCAGAUUGAUGAGCAUUUCAGGGCAUUCUUGCAAUUCUGUUUUGGUCUGCGUGCUAUGAAGAUAUCCUCAUCACAUAUCUUAUGUCCGCUUCUCUUUUGUUUCAUUUUUUUAUUAUUAUUAUUAUUAUUUGUUUAUUUUGAUUUGAAUUUUCAUAUCAUGCUGAAUGUAAAAGAAGUUCUUGCUCUUAAAGUCUUACUAGGUGUAAUGUUUUACCGAAUCAUCCGUUUCCUGUGUGCUUUUGAAGACGAAAGAGGUUUCUCGCGCACGUUAAUAACAUCACCUUUGUCUGGUCCUCGGACAGAAUUUUGACCAAAUCAACUAAAGUUUAGACAAAAUUUAAGUUAACUGACAAUUACACUGAUAAGAAAAGGUGCUGCGGUGUCCACAGAGUGUUGAUUUCAAGUGAGUUUAAACAAAUAAGUUAAUUGUUCAAAAGUUACAUACUAUAAAAACAAUUUCUUUAGCAGUGUACUUACUUUAGGCUUACAAAUACUUUGUAUUUGGGUCAUGGUGGACCUCAAAGACCCGGGUUUGAGUGUGAAAACCAUUGUAAUACCUCCUCCUGUACACUAGGUGGUGGUAAGCCAUUUUUAUUGGGUCAUUAUUUGCCAAUAAAUAUUAAAAUAGGGAUUCAAAUCACUCUCCAGGAUGCAACUUCUUCUGAGAAGUUUUGAAUUCGUAUUUUAUAUUAUUGCGAAGGGGAUUUUGUGAGCACGUUGACUAAAGUUUAGACAAAUUUAAGUUAACUGACAAUUAUACUGAUAAGAAAAAGUGUUCCAGUGUCUACAGAGGGUUGAUUUCCAAUGAGCCAAAGCAAAUUAAUCAUUUUAUUGUUUAAAAGCUACAUCAGGUUAAAAAAAAAUACAUAUAUAUAUAUAUAUUUUUUUUUUUUUGAAGUGUGUUUUAGGUAUGCUAAAUUGAGAUUCAGUUCUGAGUGCAAAUGGCAUUGUAAUACCUCCUCCAGUACACUAGGUGGUAGUAAACCAUUUAUUAGUGGGUCAUUAUUUGCCAAUAAAUGUCAAAAUAAGGGUUCCAA